CCGCCUUCCGAAACACUGUCAUCAGCAAGAUUCUCCAACCCCGGAUACAGCUCCUCUGUUCUCUUCAACGCGGCGCGCAAUGGGCUGGGAUGCGAAUCAUGGCUGUGUCUUCUGAAUUGCCCUGGCCUCCGCGACGAGGCGGGAAAAUCAAAUAUAUCUUGCACACUUGCUCGAUCCUUGCUGUUCCUUCUCUGGACGCGCCGUUGGAGCCAGACACUCUUGUCAAGAACGGCCUGUGAGCUAGGAGAACUCGGGCGGCUUUCGAUUCUUCCCGGUUGCUCAGGCGAAGCCAAGCCACUCGUUGCCCUUGGUGAAUUCGACGCCGGGGAUGCGCUCCGUGCGCUCUUCGACUCCUCAUCUGAGCCGAAGGUGAAGCGGAACGAGGGAUAUUGUGGGGACUCCGGCACCGAUUCUGUCCUUUGAUGUGACGCGGUCGAAGGUGUCGCCGGUGUUUGCGGCCGAGAAUGGGAGAACCAUUGAGAGUUGGAUGUUUCGCUCUGGCUAAGACUAAGAGACGCACGCCCCACCCCGAACUCCUCCAUUGCUGAAGGAGACCGUGCGUCAUCUGUAGUUGUGCUGGUGCGGCUGGUAAUGCGCGACAAGCGGGACUGGGUUCGCCCUGCGAACGAAACGGGUAUAAUGGAUGGACCAGCAGGCUCGUCGUCUGCAUCCGGCCGUCGUAUCACAGGAGUUGUUCCACUGAUGGAAUGCCGUCUCGCACUCGGUCUCAGCGCCGUCGUUAUCUCUGUCGCACUGGUUGCUUCUGUCGGACCAGUUCCAGACUCGUGGACACCCUCUGCAUCAGCGCACUGUGUCCAGCUUGCCACGAGCGCAUCUAAAUCCGGAUGAAUCCUUCGUUCCAACAAUGGCUCGGCCCUCUGCUGGCAGUGCGACGACACGGUGCUUGCGAGAUUGUUGAGGGGCAAGCCCGACUGCACUGCGGCCGAAUCACUCUUGGCUCUCCCUCUGCGAAAGCGGGCGAAGAUGUGUUCCAUCCGCGUGUCAGGGCACCAUGAGCGAGAAUAACGAGGAGUACGGAAGAAAGGGGUUCUGGCGCGAAAGGAGACACUUGGAUGGGACCCCUGGGAUGAAAGCAAUAAAAGCGUGGACAAGGAGCUGAAAUAAGAAGCGGAAAAAGACUAGGGGUGCCCUAUCGUGCCUGCCCACAAUCUUCAGUGCGGUCCGGCAUUUGCACCCACGGGAUCUGUUCCACAGCCUAGAGCCUCGCAGGGUCCUAACAACGGUUGUACCGUGAUCUGCCCGACUACCACCUAACGUAUUUGCACGUUGCCCAUUAGCGGACAUCUCUCCUCGCAUCAAAGAACGAAAACCGUAUGAGCCGAUGCAGCGGCCACUGGAGCAGACGGUCCUCAAUCCCACCGAGCCGGCGUAAAGAGACUAGCAGGACUGUCACCUCACUGUCAACUUGGAAAUGAACGUUCGAACAAUUCGCACUGUCUCGCCAUUCGCUCCACACAGCGCAUGUAGCUGACGGGUAUAACGCUGAAGAAGCAUGGUAAAGCAGCGCGGCAAGCCACCAUCUUUUAGCAGACAUGUCUGCUCGAGUAUUGGAUAAGCCAGUGGAA